AUGUGGAACCCGCUUCACGAAACCGACUCGGCCUCGGUGGCCUGGCCCCGUCCGCGCCGGCUCUGCGCGGGGGCCCUGGUGCUGGGCGCCGGCCUCUUCGUCCUCGGCUUCCUCUUCGGAUGGUUUAUAAAGUCCUCCAGUGAAGCUACUAACAUUCCACAGCAUAAUGUAAAGAAAGCGUUUUUGGAUGAGUUGAAAGCAGAGAACAUCAAGACCUUCUUGUAUAAUUUUACACGGAUACCACAUUUAGCUGGAACAGAACAAAACUUCCAGCUUGCAAAGGAAAUUCAAGCUCAGUGGAAAGAAUUUGGCCUGGAUUCUGUUGAGUUAGCCCAUUAUGAUGUCCUGUUGUCCUAUCCAAAUGAGACUGUUCCCAACUACAUCUCAAUAAUUGAUGAAGAUGGAAAUGAGAUUUUCAACACAUCGUUAUUUGAACCACCUCCUCCAGGAUAUGAAAAUGUCUCAGACGUUGUGCCACCCUUUAGUGCCUUUUCUCCACAAGGAAUGCCAGAGGGUGACCUAGUGUAUGUUAACUAUGCACAAACUGAAGACUUCUUUAAACUGGAGCGGGACAUGAAAAUCAAUUGCUCUGGGAAGAUUCUGAUUGCCAGAUAUGGGAAAAUUUUCAGAGGAAAUAAGGUUAAAAAUGCCCAGCUAGCUGGGGCCAGAGGGAUCAUUUUGUACUCAGAUCCUGCUGAUUACUUUGCUCCUGGGGUGGAGGCCUAUCCGGAUGGUUGGAAUCUUCCUGGAGGUGGUGUUCAGCGUGGAAAUAUCUUAAAUCUUAAUGGUGCAGGGGACCCUCUCACACCUGGCUACCCGGCAAAUGAAUAUGCUUAUAGACGUGAAAUGGCAGAGGCUGUCGGUCUUCCAAACAUUCCUGUUCAUCCAAUUGGAUACUAUGAUGCACAGAAGCUCCUGGAAAGAAUGGGUGGAUUAGCACCCCCAGAUGACAGCUGGAAAGGAGGUCUUCAAGUGCCCUACAAUGUUGGACCUGGAUUUAUUGGAAACUUUUCUGCACAAAAAGUCAAGAUGCAUAUCCAUUCCAGCAAUAAAGUGGAAAGAAUUUACAACGUGAUUGGAACUCUCAGAGGGGCAGUGGAGCCAGACAGAUAUGUCAUUCUUGGAGGUCACCGUGACUCCUGGGUGUUUGGUGGCAUUGACCCUCAGAGUGGAGCAGCUGUUGUUCAUGAAAUUGUCCGGAGUUUUGGAAAGCUGAAAAAAGAAGGAUGGAGGCCUCGAAGAACAAUUCUGUUUGCGAGCUGGGAUGCCGAAGAAUUUGGUCUUUUUGGUUCUACUGAGUGGGCAGAGGAAAAUUCCAGACUCCUUCAGGAGCGUGGUGUGGCCUAUAUCAAUGCUGAUUCUUCUAUAGAAGGAAACUACACUCUGAGAGUUGAUUGUACUCCACUUAUGUACAGCCUGGUAUAUAACCUAACAAAGGAGCUCCGAAGUCCUGAUGAAGGUUUUGAAGGCAAGUCUCUUUUUGAGAGCUGGAAUGAAAAAAGUCCUUCCCCUGAAUUCAGUGACUUGCCAAGGAUUAGCAAAUUAGGAUCUGGAAAUGAUUUUGAAGUGUUCUUCCAAAGACUUGGAAUUGCUUCAGGCAGAGCAAGGUAUACUAAAGAUUGGGAAACAAGCACAUUCAGCAGCUAUCCACUGUAUCAUAGUAUCUAUGAAACGUAUGAAUUAGUGGAAAAAUUUUACGAUCCAGCAUUUAAGUAUCACCUCGCUGUGGCCCAGGUUCGAGGUGGAAUCAUCUUCGAAAUAGCCAAUUCCAUAGUGCUGCCCUUUGACUGUCGAGAUUAUGCUGUUGUUUUAAGAAAGUAUGCUGAUAAAAUCUACAAUAUUUCAAUGAAGCAUCCACAAGAAAUGAAAACAUACAGUGUGUCAUUUGAUUCACUCUUUUCUGCAGUGAAGAAUUUUACAGAGAUUGCUUCUAAUUUCAGUGAGAGACUGCAAGACUUGGAUAAAAACAACCCAAUAUUAUUAAGAAUUAUGAAUGAUCAACUGAUGUUUUUGGAACGAGCAUUUACUGAUCCUUUAGGAUUACCAGACAGGCCUUUCUAUAGGCAUAUCAUCUAUGCUCCAAGCAGCCACAACAAGUACAUGGGGGAGUCAUUCCCCGGGAUCUACGAUGCUCUCUUUGAUAUUGAGAACAGAGUGGACCCAUCCAAGGCCUGGGAAGAAGUGAAAAGACAGAUUUCUAUUGCAGCCUUCACAGUGCAGGCUGCAGCAGGGACUCUGAGAGAAGUCGCCUAA